CUGGGUAAUAGUAAUUUCCGAGUCAGCAUAUCGUGAAACCGAAAGUAGAUCUGAGAAUUUUGGUUCCUGAUUCAGUUUUUGUUUUGUUUUGAUAUGCUAUGAUAAGAGAAUAGCAAGUAUGGCUACUGGACAAAAAAAAGGGAACUUAAUGAUACUUGGGAAUAUUGGAGAAGAUAAAGCCAAAAAAAGAUUUACAGAAACAUUUGAGGGAGAUGAAGCUAAAGUCAUAUGUCAUUUCUUUCAAGAAGAAUUGACAGAUAUUGGAUUAGUUGGAUGCAUAAAGAAGGAACCUGAUAAUGGACCAGUUAAGAGGCUGAUUGUUGAAUAUUUUGAGAAUGAAACAGAGCGUAUCAAACCACUUUUGAGUGAUUUGAAACAAGAUUUAUGUAGUCUUCCGCAGAAGGAAAUUUCUUGUCCAAAAUACAAAAGAAAUGAACUGUCUGAUUUUUUAAAAGAAAAAGAAAAUGACAAAGAUUUGUUAGUACUGCCAGAUAUAGCAGAAAGUAAAGUUAAGAUUAUUGGGAAAACUCAGGAAAUGGUAGAUGCGGCUGCUCAUCUUUUUAAGAUUAAAACUGGUGAAGUAAAAGUUACAGGAAGAGGAGCUCGUCAGAUAUCCAAAACAAGUGAAGACAAACCUUCAAAUUCAUCUAUUGUUGCAGGCGAAAACAAUAAACAGUAUUCUAAUAUAGACGAACAUAGAAAAAAAAGUUUUAAAGAAAGCAGUUCAAAGUUUAGUAGUUCCCAAAACAACUUCUCUGGAUCUAUGAGUUCAUCUUGGAGAAAUUUUGCCGGUUCCUCGACAGAUGAUUUUAGGUUUGAGGUGGAACUGAGCGGUGGAAUGCUUUUGAAAGUUUACAAGGCUUCUAUUACUAGAGUGAAUGUUGAUGCAAUUGUCAAUGCAGCAAAUGAUACCAUGAUGCAUGGGGGCGGCGUUGCUAGGGUGAUUUCCGAGGCAGCAGGGUAUGACUUAGACAGAGAAAGUAGGCAGUAUAUUGAAAGACAUGGUCAACUUGGAGUUGGUAAGAAUAUUGUAACAACUGCAGGGAGACUUCCAUAUAAGGCUGUGAUACAUGCUGUAGGUCCAAUGUGGCAUGACUAUAAUAGGAAUAAGAAGUUGGAAUGCCUGGAUGAUCUGUUUGACUGUGUCUGGAACAUACUAGAGACAUGUAAAGAUAAACGUUACAGAAGAGUUGCAAUGUCAGCAAUUAGUGCAGGAAUAUUUGCUGUUCCAAAAGAAUUGUGUGCAGAUAUGUACCUGUAUGCUGCAUACAAGUUUAGCAAGAGUUUGUCAGCCACAGAUUGUCCAGAAGAACUCCAUAUUAUAGAUGUUGACACAACAAUUCUAAAAUUAGUUGAGGAAUCAGUAAAAAGGUGGAAGGAAAAUCCUGAAUCAAUCAAUCAGAGAAAUACACUCCCCAAAUACCUUGAGGAGAAUCCUCAUCAAGCAGGAUAUUCCGGUAGUGGAGGUCAAAGGUCGUAUGAUGGUCAUAGAGCAGGCAGACGUCACAGAGGUGGAGAUGGGAACCAGCAGUCAGGAAGAAGUCCUAGAGAUGGUGUCCAUGGAAACGAGAGAAGGCAUAGACAUCCUUCACCACAGAAUGAAAAUAUGGAGGAAAUUAAUGAAAUUAAAUCAAGUAUUUCAAGAUCGAAAGACAAGAGGCUUAGCUGGGGAGGCUAUGCAAAAAUGUUUAUACUUGAUAAACAAUUGACAGUUAUGAUUUACAAAGGUGAAAUCAGUAAGAUCAGAGAGAUUGAUGCAAUUGUUUGUGGCACUGGUACAGAUUUAGAACCUAAAGGAUUCAUUUCUAGUGCAUUACAAACAGCAGGCGGCCAAAGUUACAUAUCAGACUAUAAGAAGAUGAAAGGUAAACAUAAAGUUAAUUGUAAGCCUACAGAUGUGUUCAAAUGCCAAGCUGGAAAACUUCCGGUCAAAUAUAUUCUUCAUGUUGUGACCAGUAGGGUAGUUGAAGCUGAUACAAGAGAAAUCCAGACAUAUAAAGAUUGUGUGUAUAGUGUGUUGAAGAAAGCCAGACGUAAUGAUUUGGAGAAACUUGCAAUACCAUUGUUUGCAACAGGAAUGAUCCAAACAAACCUGAGGAAACUGAAAUUGUGUGCGGGAGCAGUGUUGAAAGCAGUAGAUGAAUUCUUAGUUGAAUAUAAAGAUAAAAAUGCUGCGAUUGUAGAAAUUCACCUGGUGAAUAAUAGUAAUGAAGUCACUGAUGUAUUAGAAGAAGUUUUCAAUGAGGCAUUAGGAAAAAUUACAAAACCUUCUAACAGAAGUUCAGGUGAAUACAAAGCUAGGGAUGAAUUUUCGUCCUCAGAUAGAAAGAAUCGUGGUCAAACUGGGUCAGGUCAAGGCAAGUCUGAAAGUCAAUCAUCACACUAUAAAAGGUCAUUUUCCUCUUCUGACUAUAAUGAUAGGGAUGAUGUCAGAAAACAUUCUAACAGAAGUUCAGGUGAAUACAAAGCUAGGGAUGAAUUUUCAUCAUCAGAUAGAAAGAAUCAUAGUCAAACUGGGUCAGGUCAAGGGGAGUCUGAAGGUCAAUCAUCAUGCUAUAAAAGGUCAUUUUCUGCUUCUGGCCAUAUUGAUACAGAUAUUUUCACUAGUGGAGAAGGCAACAGAGGUCAUAAAGAAAAAGGCAGAGGAGGAAAAAAUGAUAAUGAUGAAAAUGAUCACUAUGAUUCUAUUUCCAAUGUCUCUGAAGGAGCUGAAGGUGGUAAAAAUGAUAGUCAUGAUGAAGAUGAUCCUUAUGAAAGAAUUGAUGAUCAAGAAGAUCCCCCUAAACAGGAAACGAAAACAGGAAAUUUGAACAUCAUUAACAAUUAUACUGUUGGGGAUAUGGCUGAAAGCAGGAAUAAAGCCUAUGAAUCACCUGCAAAGGAGAACCGUUAUCCAUCUGCUGCUACAAACAGAAUUGUUUAUCCCCAUCAUACAAUCAAGUCAUCAACUUCCGAAUGGCGCCGCUCUUCGGAGCCCUCUACAUACGGGUCUUUAUCUGCAGACGACUUUAACUAUGAGACAACACUGAACUGCGGGUUUGUUUUGAAAGUGUACAAAGCUUCCAUUACCAGACUUAAUCAGGGGGUCGAACGUAACGUUGAGGCAAUCGUUAAUGCUGCUAAUGAAGAUAUGGAUCACGCAGGUGGAGUUGCCAAGGUUAUCGCUAAUGCUGCCGGCCAAGCUAUGAACAGCGAAAGCAAAUGUUACGUUAAAACCCACGGUCCGCUUGGUGUUAGUCAGAAUAUAGUUACAACUGCAGGGACAUUGCCAUAUCGGGCAGUUGUUCAUGCUGUUGGUCCAAUGUGGAAAAACUAUAGAGACAAAGUAGCCUGCCUGGAUGACCUCUAUGAUUGUGUAUACAAUGUCCUGACCCGAUGUAAGAAAAAUCGCUAUAGGUCUGUUGCUAUGACAGCAAUUGGCGCAGGUGUAUUUGCUGUCCCUAAGCAGUUAUGUGCCGACAUGUACGUUUUCGCAGCAGCAAAUUUCAGUAGCAUACGACGAUCGACAGAUUGUCCAAAGGAGCUGCAUAUUGUCGACAUUGAUACGUCUAUUCUUCGCCUUGUCGAGGAAUCUGUCAAACGAUGGAAAAAAGAUCCUGAAUCCUUAAACCAAAGAAUCACCUUGCCUGUAUUUCUGAAAGACAAUCCACAUCUUGCAAAUGAUUCAAAAAGAACCACUGCAGGUCAACGUCGAAAUGACGAACAAGACAACGGCUUUGACGGAGACAUGAAUAAAGGAGGAUCGUUAGACCUUGCCAACACAAUUCGUAAGCUAAAAGACGAAAGUUUCUCAUGGGGUGGUAUUGCAAAACAGUAUAUGCUUAACGACCAAUUUGUUGUGAAGAUAUAUCAAGGAGAUAUUUGUAAGGUUAAAGACAUGGAUGCCGUUGUUUGUGGAGUAGAUAAAGAUUUAAAACUAAGCGGCAAAUUUGCUGAUACAAUGAGAAAACAUGGUGGACAUAUUUACGACAAAAACCACCAAAAGAUGGUUGAACAACAGAAAAAUGGACCAGCCGUACAAUAUUUUGAUGUUUACAAGUGCGAUGGUGGAAGACUGGAGGCGAAGCAUGUUCUGCACGCUGUACUGAAAGGAGUAGUAGAAGCUGAUGUAAAAGAAACGAAAGCAUACCAGGAUUGUAUGGCUAGUGUAUUAGCCACAGUUAAAGAAAACAGAUGGGAAAAGGUCGCACUACCACUGAUUCGAACAGGUACUAUCCAGACAAACAAAAGGAAGUUGAAGCUAUGUGGACAAGCACUUGUAAAAGCACUGGAUGAAUUUAUAGUAAUCAACGGUGACAAAGUCGGAGUUAAAGAGAUUCACCUUGUGAAUUAUACCCAAGAAGUUAACAUAGCUUUGGUAGACGUGUUUAAUGCAGCAUCAGAUCAGGUUUCUGCAGGCAAUGAACUUGGUAAACGAAACACACAUACAGCUUCCGGUAGACGCAUGCGUAAUGGGUAUUUCCGCAGGCAUUCUACACGUGGAAGAGUGUCAUACCCCAGCAGAAGCCACUCUUACAGCAGUACUUACAGUGAAAAAGGUAGGAGAGUGGAAAGUCAAAAGGAUGAAGGAUCACGUGGUUCGAAAUACCCGUCAUAUGGCUUCUCAAAACGUGAAACUUAUGGAAAGUAUGAUGAGAAAACUACAGGAAAUUCUGGAGAUGUAAGUCAAGGGGCAUCUGGAAGAACAAGGAAUGUAGUCUAUGACAGAGAAUAUGACGAAAGCCAGGAUGUCUCUAGGGAUGAAGAGGAUCAGGCGAGCUUAGCUAAUAAUACCAGACGACUUGAAGGCAAUCUAACUAUCAUUGAUGGAUGAUUUACUGCAAAAACAGCUAUAAACCCUAACAUAACUCAAAUAUUUUUGUUCUUUUUACACUGUAUCAUGUGACAUCUUAAUUAAGGAAAAUAACAAACACUUUUGUAAGGAUCAUACUCAAUAUAAGAAGCAGGAAAGUAAAGGUCUGGUAAGCAAUUGUAUUUAGGGCCUUAUUGUAUGUACACACAAUGCAUUACUGCACUAUGUAUCAUUUAAAGGAGGAUAGACUUUUGUAUGUAUGCACUGUGUAUCACUAAAAGGAGUGGUAUUUGAUGAAUGCAUUAUGCAUCAUUUAAGGCGUGACUUUAAAUAUAUAUAUGCAGUAUAUCAUUUAAAAAAAGUUUGUAUAUAUGCACUAUGUAUCAUUUAAAGGCUUAUAUACAUGUACUUCUUGUAUGUAUGCAGUAUAUAUUAUCAAAGGAGGAUGGGCUAUUUGUAUGUAUGCAUAAUAUAUUAUUUAAAGGGUGAAAGGCUUUUUGUAUGUAUGCACUAUGUAUUAUUACUUAGUAUUUCACAUAAUUCUUCUUGAUCACACGAGUCAUUGCAAAGACAUAUUCGUCUUACUCGGCAACUGGUGCCAUUUUUAUUUACAUUUUUAAUUAUUUUCGUUGGAAGUUUUCAGAAAAUAAACAGCAUUUGUCACAGAUGUAUUUACCUGCUUACACAACACAAUUAUAUCCUUUUUCUUUUUCACAACAAAUAAUAUGGCAAUGUUUCUAUACUGUAUAUCAGUAAAUUUGCAUACCUUUACAAGAUUUUUUUUGGUAGAGUGUAUCUUAUCUAAGAAAGGGUGGGUGGGAAAUUAUGGACAAGAAAUAAGAAAGCUUCCAAUUAUUUUU